CUUUCUCCCUCCCCCUUCCAUCCCCUUCUAUCCUCAGCCACAGGAGAAGUGCUGGAUGACUCAGACAGUGGGAAUGAGAGCCGUAGUGGGAGCGAGGAGACCCACGUGUGUGAGAAGUGUUGCGCCGAGUUCUUCAAGUGGUCCGAUUUCUGCGAACACUUGACGAGCUGCAUCAAGAACCCCCUGGUGCUCAUAGUAAAUGAAAACGAAACGGAACCCUCCCGGGAGUAUCCUGCAGAGCCAUCGCCCUCGCCAAGCUGCCAUAGUGACCAGGCAGACAGUGAGGACGCUGGAGAGGGCAGCAGCCACAGCCCCGGUGAGGACGAUGAGGGCGCAGAGAUAGCCCUGGAGGGGGGCAGUGCCCUGGACAAGGAGGACGAGCCCAUGGAGCUGUCUCCUGAGAAACCAGUGGACCUUGAAGUGAGUGACGCCUCCCCAGAGCCAGAUGGUGCUCUACCUCAGUUUAGCGAUCCUGCCCCAUCCUCUGUGAAGAGCUACAGCAUGCCGAGCACCAACGUCACUCUGGAGACACUACACAGCACCAGUGUGGCAGUGGCUCAGUUCUCCCAGAGUGUUUGUGCCGCGGUGGCCGGCAGCGGGGUCUCCCCCUUGGCCAUCCCCAUGAUCCUGGACCAGCUGAUGGCGCUGCAGCAGCAACAGAUCCACCAACUCCAACUGAUCGAACAGAUCCGCAGUCAGGUGGCGUUGAUGCAAAGGCAGCCCUCUGUCGACCAGCUGUCCCAGAACCACCACCGCCACCACAACACAGUUGCUGGCUCACAGGGGCCGUCAUCCUCCAACCAACUCCAGCAGUUACACAACUUCAUCACUCCCCCUGUCCACCAGCUGCCCAUCAGGUUGCCCUCACCGCUAAACAGCCUGGGCUCCUCCUCCUCCUCCCUCACCUCUGCUAUAGAUGGGCCCCUCUUCUCCCAUACCCAGCAAAGUAGUAAUCAGCAGUCACAUUUUUCAAUGCCCAACACCACUUCAGCAAACUCCUCUUUCCCACCAUCCAGUGGUAAUGUGCUGUCAUCUCUACUGCCUUCCUGCAUUACUUCAAUCACACACAGCAGCAGCAGAGCUGGAUCCGCUGCUGGAGGAGGCAUGAGCAGCAGCAUUACAGCUCUGCCAAGGAAUUCCAGCAGCCCCCCUUCACUAGGCCACAACAGCCUCCUGAGCACCAGUCCCUCCAAUCUACCACUGAUACCUCACAGUUCAUCUAGCAGUGUCAUCUUCCCAAACCCGCUAGCCAGCAUAGCUGCCACUGCCAAUGCACUUGACCCACUCUCCGCUCUGAUGAGGCACCGCAAGGGAAAGCCCCCCAACGUGUCCGUCUUCGACACCAAGCCCAGCUCCGAGGACCCCUUCUUCAAGCAUAAGUGUAGGUUCUGUGCCAAGGUGUUUGGCAGUGACAGUGCCCUGCAGAUCCACCUGCGCUCUCACACCGGCGAACGGCCCUUCAAGUGCAACAUCUGCGGAAACCGGUUCUCCACCAAGGGCAAUCUGAAGGUCCACUUCCAGAGGCACAAGGAAAAGUACCCGCAUGUCCAGAUGAACCCUUAUCCCGUGCCAGAAUACCUGGAUAACGUGCCGACCAGCUCAGGCAUUCCGUAUGGUAUGUCCUUCCCCCCAGAGAAGCCGGUGACCACCUGGCUGGACAGCAAACCUGUUCUCCCCACAGUCCCCACCUCAACCGGACUCCAGUUCCCCCCAACUCUCCCCAGCAUGAUGGGAGGCUACGGUGAUUCUCCGAGCCUCACUCCCCUUAGCAGAUCACCCCAGAGGCCCUCCCCACCCUCCAGCGAAUGUGCCUCUCUGUCACCUAACCUCUUCACAGAAGCAGGCAUGAUCACCACCUCACAGUCUCCGCAGCCCAACUUAGGGGGUGACAUGCCUCCCAUUCUGAAACCAGAGGGCAUCCACCUACCCCCAAACCUCCCCACUUCCAGGCCUGGUGAGAACAAGACCAACACCGUUACUCAAGUGGUCCUCGCCACCACGGUCACCGCAACCACAUCCACUAGCAGCUGUACUGAACCCAUCAUUGCCCCCUCCUCUGUCUCCCAUCCAAUCCUCCCCAUGAUCUCUGAUCAGUUCAAGGCCAAGUUUCCGUUCGGCGGCCUUCUGGACUCUAUGCAAACGUCUGAGACCUCAAAGCUGCAGCAGCUGGUGGAGAACAUCGACAAGAAGAUGACCGACCCCAACCAGUGUGUCAUCUGUCACCGUGUGCUCAGCUGCCAGAGCGCCCUUAAGAUGCACUACCGCAUUCACACGGGAGAAAGGCCUUUCAAAUGUAAGGUCUGCGGCCGAGCAUUCACCACCAAGGGCAAUCUGAAAACGCACUUUGGGGUCCAUCGUUCCAAGCCCCCUCUUCGGGUCCAACACUCCUGCCCCAUCUGCCAGAAGAAGUUCACGAACGCUGUGGUCCUGCAGCAGCACAUCCGCAUGCACAUGGGGGGCCAGAUCCCCAACACCCCGCUGCCUGAGUCUCUACAGGAUAUGGACACCGACCUCUCCUUUGACGAGAAGAGCUUAGAUGCCAUGAGCAACUAUGAUGACGAUCUACUGGAUGAGAUGGAGGCAGCUAUGGAGGACGAAGCAGAGCUGAAAGAAGGAGAAGAGAUGAUUGACCCAUCCAAACCUCUCCAUCCAUAUUCAGGAAUGUCCCCUGGUCGCUCCCCACCUACCUCUGUCAUCUCCAGCAUCGCUGCUCUGGAGAACCAGAUGAAGAUGAUCGACUCCUCUGUCAAUAUGAGCCGCUCGUUUGGGCUGAAGCCCAUGCCGAACGGUGGCGGGUUUGGAGGGGAGAACGACUUCUUCAACAAUGACUCGCUGUAUGCCUCGGGGGACCUGGAAGGCCAGAGUGUGGGAAGCCCAGCACUCUCUGAGUCCUCAGGGUCCAUGCAGCCCAUCUCCCCUGCUCACAGUCACCCUGAGAGUCAUCGAUCCAAGUCCCCAGCCACACUCAACCAUAACAGCAGCACUGCAGCAGAUGAGGGGCAGGAGAACAACAGGAUGGCUACAGUGAAAUCUGAGAAGUCAGAUUCCCCAGCACCUGUGUCUGAAGGUAAUGGGGCAUUGGACCUGACUGCUAGCAUAACCCAGCCUAGCAGGCACUUCAUCAAGGAGGAGAACCACUUCAACAUGAUGUUCCUGAGCAGAGAUAGAGGUCUGAGCAACUCUAGCUUGCUAAACACAGCAUCCAACAUGAUCAAAAUGGAGAUGAAUGGGCACAGGCAGAGCAAGCCCAUGUCACUGAAUGACGGUCCUUACAUGCCCGUGGGCAUCCAAGUGCCCGCUUCUGCACCCCAGACCAACAUGAGCCYCAGUAUCACCCCCAUGCUGGCACCGCCAACUCCCCGUCGCACCCCCAAGCAGCACAACUGCCACAACUGUGGGAAGAACUUCUCCUCAGCUAGUGCCCUGCAGAUCCAUGAGCGCACACACACAGGAGAGAAACCAUUUGGCUGCUCGAUCUGUGGAAGAGCCUUCACCACUAAAGGCAACCUGAAGGUGCACAUGGGCACCCACAUGUGGAACAAUGCGCCAGCCCGUCGUGGACGCCGUCUCUCCGUGGAGAACCCCAUGGCCUUGCUGGGCGGGGACGCCAUGAAGUUUAGCGAGAUGUUUCAGAAGGACCUGGCGGCGAGGGCCAUGAACGUAGACCCUGGCUUCUGGAACCAGUAUGCUGCCGCCAUCACCAACGGCCUGGCCAUGAAGAACAACGAGAUCUCCGUCAUCCAGAAUGGAGGCAUCCCCCAGUUGCCCGUCAGCCUGGGUGGAGGAGGUAUGACCUCGCUAGGGGCCAUGUCAGGAGGUAUGGACCGUAUGGACCGUAUGGACCGGGUGAAUGCCAGUAGCAGCCCUCCCAUGACUGGGCUGGAUAAGACAGUUCUGGAGGUUGGGGCUAGACGCCCAUUCGCUCGAUUUAUGGAGGAAAAUAAAGAGAUUGGGAUCAAUUAAGGAAAAUACUUUGAGGAAAGACAAGAGUCUUACGAAAAGGAAAGAAACUGCUAAUCCAGUUUGAACUCUUAUGUACUAUAUUAUGUACAGAUUACGUUUUUUUUUGGUUUGGUUUUUGAAAUAUAAUAUUUAGUAUUGGUUAGAGGUCUUUGCCUUUCGCCCAUUCACCCCUCAUUGAUAUUUCGCUCGUACGAAGAAUACUUUGUCUCUUGUUUGAGAAUAUGUCGUCUUGCAAGAUUUGCAUGGUACUUAUUGGUUUCUAUCAGUAUGUUUGACUGCUUUUAAGGAUUAUUUUUGAAAAGUAAUAUCUUGACUCAAUUGUGAUGGGCAAGGACUAAAAUGAAGCUGAGCGAGCGCUUAUAUGUGCAUAGACUGACUAGCUGCUGUUUGGCUAAUGUUUAUGUUUGCUCACAAAGAGCAAGGGACUGAAGUAAAUUGGAAUUAUGGUGUUACUGCGCUCGCCAACAAUUUUUUCUCGUGAAGUAGAAAACUUGAAAAAAUGUUUCAACUAUUUUAAUCUUUACAUUUAGUCUCCCAGCAUUGUCUUAUAAUAUUGUCCUGUGUCUUUAGUAUUUAUGAUAUUGACUAAAAAAGCGGGUAUAAGAAAAUAUAUUUAAAAUGGCCCCGGCAUUUUAUUGAUCCUUUUUUUCUAAACUGCAGACUUCAUUUAUAAAUAUCUCUUUCAAUAAAGACAACAUGUCAUUUCAGUUGUACAACAGAGACACAUUGUGAAGUUUCAUUUGGAUAUCCAGCCAAGACGAUGUGCAACAUGUUCGGAUGCACAGUGAAGAAGCUGAGAUAUCUGAAGCUGCUAUUAUCACAAACCUGCUUUUAACCUUUAAAAAAAAAAAAAAAAUUGAAAGAAAUACAUGUGUAUAGAAAUACAGACAACUCUAUAACAGGUAUGCAUAUUUUGUAUCACAUGAAAAUAGACAUCCUUUGAGAGUAUUUGUCAUGUUUGUGAAUGCACUUUUUAAACCAGACGUUUUGUCUGUGACUUAUCGUUAACCUUUGACUGAGUUGUCUAUCACAAAUGGUUUUAAUUGUUUUCAGCGUACCACUCCUACUAUUUGCAGAGUUGGCCCUCUGGUACGGCCUCUUAUGGUACUCAUCUGAGUACAACCUCAUUCACUCAAUCAAAUCCUUCUCCAAUAAAAAAAAAAGAGAGAACAGGUCACGUGUUUGACUGGUCUCCUUCUCUACA